AAUUGACCCGCAUUUACUGUACAUGUCGACUUUCUGACAAAGCGAGGUGUAACUGAGGUCAUGAGAGGUCAGACACAAAAUCACAACCGCUAUGUGUAAAUCUCGCGAGAUUUGUUCACUGAGACACAAGUUGGCGUUAAUUGGCCAGCCGCCGAAACGUGACUCCCGAAACUUUCCCUUAAAUGGUGUUGCGAAUACGGCGAGUUCGCGAUCUAUUUCCGUUUUGUUAAAUCUUGAAAAUCCAAACGUCCUGUCAUGUUCUAAUGUUCUUUCUGUGUGUUUAGUUCGCCCACAUGUCGCUAACCAAGCAGACCGCUGCUGCCAGAGUGGCCCAGCUGCCCCUGGUACGUUCUGCCUGCGCCAGCCUGUCAGUGUUUUACGGGGACACCAAAAGGAAAAAUGCCAGCCUGAAGUGUGUGUGUGAGGGUCUGGAGAACAGCGUGACCAUGUUGAGUUCGGCGGCUUUUCACAAAGUGUCACCUGUCAUCACUAAACUGCAGCCUCAAGUUUCCCUUGCCAAUGGCAUUGCGUGUAAAAGUCUAGACUGGUUGGAAGAAACGUUCCCCGUGCUGCACACACCCGCAGACCAGCUUGUGGCUGGUGUCCGAAGUAAGGUGCAGGAGAUUCAGGAUGUGGUGAGUAUUGCGGCCCAUGGAACUGUGGACUGCGCGCAGCACGCAGUCACAUGUGUCAUGGCGAGGGUGCAGAAGCCAGAAGACCAGUCACUGGUGGGAAAGGCUGUCAGCGUGUCCACCAAGGGACUAGCUUCUGCACUGAACGUAUCUGAGGCACUGGUGGACCGCAUGCUACCGCCUACAGAGGAAGAAAAAAAAGAAGAGGAUGGUUUAGCAGAAGGUUCUGAGGUAGCCACGUUCGAGAGAAAGUACUCGGUGCGACUGGUGACACUUUCCAUUACGCUGUGCAGGAGAACCAUCCGGCUGGCUGCAGCCAAGAUUCACUCCUCUCAGAUCAUGGAGGCUUUUUCACCAUCUUCAGGUCAGCUUCGCAUUCUGCAUAGCAGCUGGCUGGCCUUAGCAUGGAGCCUGGAGCAGCUCCCGCUACAUGUACAGCAGCAGAUUGUGUCAGCCUUCUUCUACUUUACACAAAUGUACAACUUUAGAGUCAUCCAACAGAGCAGCUCCAAACAGGAUUCAAGUGUGUGCCUCAGUGGAGUGGCAUCAGAGACAAAUCCAACUCUACACACAAGGAUAUCAAGAAUAUUCCGCAACCAAAUUCCAACUGGCGAGCAAGAAGACCCGCCAGUAUCUUAGUGUUUGAGAGCUGAUCAACCCCACUAGGGAAAGAAGUGGGCAGCAUUGACGGGUUUCACUGAGUGGUCUGUGUACUAGUA